UCAGUAUCCAGUAUCAUGGACACUACAUGGGGUGUUAUCUCAUGGAGUGUACCUAGUUAUAUUCCAUCAGACUAUCCCAUUAUCACAUAUGAGAUAGGAUAUCAUAUCUUACAGUCUGGUAACUGCUCAAUGGUAGAUGAUGAUGACAUUGAUAUUAAAAUGCUACAGUUCUCUAAUUCAACCAAUGGCAAUACAUUUAUUAACAUUACUGGUCUUAAUGAUAGUACUUGUUAUAUUUUUGGUGUACGUGCAUACACUGAUAAUGGAUAUGGAGAAUGGACAGUUAUUGCUAAUGAGACACUAGAGCUACCCCCACUACCAUCACCUUCCCUAACAUCAACUACUCAAUACUUCACUACAUCAAGUGUCAUUUCCUCCUCUGUAUCUAUUACUAGGGACACCUCUACUACCUCAAGUUUAGUGCAACCAUCGACAACGGCAUCAACUUCUCCACCUGCUGUAGCAGGUGAUACAGGCUUGUCUCCAGUAGUAUUAGGAGGUGCUGGAGGUGGUGCUCUAGUUGGAAUAUUAAUAGUAAUAAUAUUCAUACUGAUUGUUGUACUUGUACUAAGACGAAAGAAAAGAAGUAAAGAUACGUUAUACAUCAGUGGUGGUGCUAGUGUCAAGAAAGAUGUAAUCAAUGACAUACCUUUAUUGGAACAAAAAACACCAAUCAGCAGUGAACCUGGUAAUACGAUAACAUUCAUACAUUACAUUAGUACACAUAAAUGUAUCAUAUUGCACUCAUAAUUUGCUAUCAAGGCC